CUUGUACAACAACAAAAUAUAUUAAUUUAAACAGAGUUCAUAUUUUCCAGCACAUACGUUUUAUGCCACAAUGCACAAUCAAUGCCAAAACUAGGUAAACUGUGAUUUCUAAGAUAUAGGGCCUCUAAAUAUAUUGGUGCCUCAGUCGUUACUAAUCUCCCCCUCUCUCUUUUGCUCUCUACAGCGUAGUCUUUUUUUAAAAAGUGUAUGGCUCCUAGAAUAAUUGCAACCAGCCACUAGAUGGCACCAGGGGGUAAAUGAGGGCCAUUGAGCAGUCACUCGGCCAGUGUGUGUCCCUGUUACACCCUCAGAGUGUAAAUGGUUCUCAAUUACCUGACCUGUCACUUUGCCGUGACACCCAAUUAUUGAGGGGGAGGAUGACUUUCAUCAUGGUAAAUGGAUGCUGUCAGACAAGUGAGUCAUCAUUGCAGUGUCAUGGCCGCUUCUCACCUAUCACAGAAAGCACGGAGAAGCACGCAGUCAUAGCAAACAAGCAAAAAGCACAACAAACCAGCUGUUUCAGUUCUACAAGUUCUUAAGGAGAGACAUGCCCAGGAUAGGCUGUGGCAGUAAUUUGUUUUUAAUGCUACUGUACAAAAUGUGAAUCCCUGUCAUGUCAAGAUCAGAGUACAUCAGAGUCCGGAGGGGAAGUGUGAACAGACUUGCACUAUGGUUUACAGUAAUGAGGUGUUUUACAUGUUAAAUGCAGCUGCUGACCAACCACAGCUCUUUCUUCAAUGACAAUAUCUGCACAAAUUCCCCAGUAUUUUGUUCUAACUUAGGGGCAUUGCAGGGAAUGCCAGGGAUUGGGCGCCACCAUGUCUCCUCUCCGUCAUUGGCCCUCGGAUCAAACUCCACCCAAUUGUGACGAAUGUGUCCUCAAAUGGAAUCUUGACCAGGCUGGUGGAUGUGGAAGAGCACGGAGCAUUGUGUAAUCAGAGCUCUGUAAACCCCGCUCCUAAUCCGCAGAGCGGAGGGCGUGUUUAUCAGAUGGUGCAUUGUGCUUCCCGUUCAGCUCAAUUGUGUGACUUUCAGUCUUCGCUGUAAUCCGAUGGCAUGUCGGGGGCUGAUGUCUGGUGCACAAUGGUUCCGUGGGUGAUUAUUUUCUCUCUUUUAUCCUCUCUUCUGUUUCCCCUCUUCUCUUUGCAUCCUUACGACUGAGCUUAUAACUGAAGGGAUGCCGGAUCAAUUCCCUGGUGGGGAAAAGCCAUUUUACUCCGGAGCAAGGAGAGCGUGAGGGAUCCGAUGGGGCUUCAGCGUGAGGCCAGCUAGUGCAGCGGCUCCAUCUGCAGCAGCAAAACCCCCAGAGACCAGACCGGACCGCUGCCAUCAUGUUGCCCCCGGUGACCAGAGGGCGUGGCUGCACCUUCCUCGCCCUCUCCCUCCUGGGACUGCUGGGGUCGAACCUGGAGGUCACCCGCGGGCAGGUCCCGGAGGACGAGGAUUACUACAUGCAGGAGCUCAUCACCCGGGAGCAUUAUCACGGCGUUCCGGGGUCUGAGGACCCCCAGCCCUCCCCCGAAUCCACCGAGCCCACAUCUGACAGGAGGGAAUCCCCAAGGGUGAAAGAAAAAGAGAAGCAUGCAGAAAAAGUAGAUUCCAAACCAGCCAAAAAUGGAAACGGAAAGAAAGAGGAGAAGAGCAAAAAGGCUGGUUUGAAGACUCCAAACAGUAGCAGUGAUGCUGAAGGCCACUACGUUCCUGAGAGAGAGGAAUGCCCUCCUUUGGGACUGGAAAAUCUGAAAAUUGAUGACUUUCAGCUGCAUGCCUCCACAAUUAAGCGCUACGGCCUGGGCGCUCACCGAGGACGGCUCAACAUCCAGGCCGGAGUGAAUGAGGAUGAUUUCUACGACGGAGGGUGGUGUGCUGGAAGGAACGACCCCCUGCAGUGGUUCGAGGUGGACGCCAGGAGGUUAACCAAGUUCACCGGCACCAUAACACAAGGCCGGAACUCUCUCUGGUCGAGCAACUGGGUGACGUCGUAUAAAGUGCUGGUGAGCAAUGACAGCCACACGUGGGUGACCAUUAAGAAUGGAACACAGGACAUUGUCUUCGUGGCGAACAGUGAGAAAGAAAUCCCGGUCAGGAACCUGCUCCCGGUGCCGGUGGUCGCCCGCUACAUCCGCGUAAACCCGCGCACUUGGUUCAUCGGAGGGAGCGUCUGCAUGCGGGUGGAGGUCCUGGGGUGCCCCAUGCCAGACCCCAAUAAUUAUUACCACAGAAGGAAUGAGAUCACAACAACAGACAAUUUGGACUUCAAACACCACAGUUACAAAGAGAUGAGACAGCUGAUGAAGGUGGUCAAUGAAAUGUGCCCCAAUGUAACACGGAUUUACAACAUCGGCAAGAGCCACAGUGGACUGAAGCUCUAUGCCAUCGAGAUCUCCGACAACCCUGGGGAACACGAACUGGGUGAGCCAGAGUUCCGCUACACUGCUGGUUCCCAUGGCAACGAGGCACUGGGACGAGAGCUGCUUCUGCUGCUGAUGCAGUUUAUGUGUCAGGAGUACCUUUCCGGUAACCCACGGAUACGGCACCUGGUGGAGGAGACCCGCAUCCACCUUCUUCCUUCCAUUAACCCCGAUGGGUAUGAGAAGGCCCAUGAAUUGGGCUCAGAGCUGGGAGGCUGGUCCGUGGGCAGGUGGAGCCUGGAUGGCCUGGACAUCCAUCACAACUUCCCCGACCUCAACUCCAUCCUGUGGGAAGCAGAGGCCAGGAAGUGGGUCCCCCGGAAGGUGCUCAACCAUCACGUGCCCAUCCCAGACUGGUACCAGACAAAAAAUGCCACGGUUUCCAUGGAGACACGGGCUCUGAUAGGGUGGAUGGAGAAGAUUCCCUUCGUCCUGGGGGGUAACCUGCAGGGGGGGGAGUUGGUGGUGACCUUCCCCUAUGACAUGGCGCGUGUGAAGUGGAAGAUGCAGGAGCAGAGCCCCACCCCCGACGACCACGUCUUCCGCUGGCUGGCCUUCUCCUACGCCUCCACCCACCGUCUGAUGACGGACGCCAGCCGCCGCGUCUGCCACACCGAGGACUUCGCCAAGGAGGACGGCACCGUCAACGGAGCUACCUGGCACACGGCCCCCGGAAGUAUGAAUGACUUCAGCUACCUGCACACCAACUGCUUCGAGCUCUCUAUGUAUGUGGGCUGUGACAAGUUCCCCCAUGAGAACGAGCUUCCCGAGGAGUGGGAGAACAACCGCGAGUCCCUGCUGGUCUUCAUGGAGCAGGUGCAUCGUGGGAUCAAAGGGGUAGUGAGGGACCUGCAAGGCCGGGGCAUCGCCAACGCCACCAUCGCUGUCGAGGGCAUCAACCACGACGUCCGCACAGCGGCGGACGGAGACUAUUGGAGGCUGCUGAACCCGGGGGAGUACAAGGUCACGGUGAAGGCCGAGGGCUACAACCCCGCCAGCAAGGUGUGUGAGGUGGGCUACGACAUGGGGGCCAGCCGCUGCAACUUCCUCGUCAGCCGCACCAACCUGUCGCGCAUCAAGGAGAUCAUGGCCAGGUUCGGCAAGCAGCCCAUCAACGCGCAGAACCGCCAGCUACGGCAUCGCUUCAGGCCCGCCGUGCGGCGGCGGGGAACCUAGUCACGCAGCCAAUGGAGGGAGGGCAGGGGGGUGGGCUUCCUGUAAAAAGUCUCUUUUUUCUUCACAGUUUUAAUAUAUUUUUAAAAGAAAAAUCUUGGCUGCAUUCUUCGUACGGCAAAGACAGGAGAUUUACUGUAUGAUCACAGCUGCAUUUCCUUCUGUUUUGAUGGACCUUUGUUCUAACAACCUUAGCAUAAGCUAUCUGUGGCUACCAGGAUGUGUAAUGGGUUUUCGCGUUAGAGGUUAUUGUUAUAGUCUGUAACCAAAGCAAUCAUGCAAUGAUUUUGAUAACUACCCGUGACAUCAGCUACACAUUCCAUGUAAAGUGUUUGUGUGUGUGUGUGUCUGUGUGUAUUAUAGCAGGGAAAAGACAAUUCAUUGAUUUUGGACACAAUGUAAAAAAAUUUACUGGAUAUAAUUCUUUUUAACCCAUGUUAAUAACCUAUAUCUUCCUUUAAUAAAGUCUCAUUAAACAUUCAA